GUCCCCUUUUUCCUCUUCCCUUCCAGGGCUCCUGCCAUCAUCUCCCUUUAAGUUCUAGCAUCUUACUUUCGUCUUCUCUCCCCGCUGGCCACGAGACGGCCUGUCAGAUCCCUGCAUUUGCAUCCCUGUUCCUUAACCAUGUCCUCCCCCCUCCGGCCUCAGUACUUCUGCACCCGCCCGAAUGGCGCGGUGACUGCCCUCGUUGCCGUGGAUGAGCUUCCGUCCAAAAUCUCGAUUCGCGGGGUUCCCCGUAAUCUUCAGCCAGACCAAACUCGGGGGAUGACCAGCCUGGGCACCGUGGCCGCCCGGCUCCCACAGACAUAUGUGGUGGAAAGCGCUGCUGCUCUCUCUGGUCCCUCCCCCCGGGCGCCCUUCUCCAACCCGGCGGCCCAUCACGCUCAAGGUCCCGACCAGCAGGCCGCUCUUGGACGCCUGCUCGCCGACGACAGUGCUCCUGAAGACCUCCGUCUGGCUGUGACGACGAUACAACACUAUGGUUUGCUCCACCACCUGUUAGCACCCGAAUCAUCCGCUAGCAACUGGAUGGUGCCGAGUGGUGGCGGUGGAAGUGGAGGUGCCAGCCACGGGGCUUCCAGGCAGGGCACUCACUCUAACACUAAGAAGCUGUAUUGCUCUUAUUGGCUCCGCCACGGCGAGUGCGACUACCAGCAACAAGGCAAGUCUGCGAGCUGUCUUUUUAAGCAUCACAUGCCUCUUGACCUGCCAACCCUGGAGAAGCUUGGCCUUCGUGACAUUCCUCGCUGGUAUCGGGAGAAAUUCAACACGCCUAGCCUGCUUCCAAACGCACAUGGCCAUUCUCGUCCGCAUCCUGCCCUUGCCGCGCUGCCCCCAGCAGAGGGUAACGCGGUCCCGGCGAUCGAAUACUCGUCACAGCCAGAGAUGAACGGAGUGUUGGAUGCCGCUAGCCUCGAGAUGGAGGUCAAGCGGAACCCUGGCGGCAAGUCGGCAAUCCAACAGUCGUUGCUUGCGCUGCCUGGACCAUCAGAGCCUGCCUAUGACUCGAGUAAGGCCUCUGGCUCUCAGAAGCACGGAGCGAGGCAGGCUUCCGAGCUGAGAAGACUCGAUCUCCUAUCGUUUGACCCCCUGCCCGAAUUCCUGGAGUAUUCGUCUGUGGGCUCCGCGCCUGGGAACCUGUGCGUCUCGAGUUAUUCACGCUCCCAAGAGACUGCUUCCUUUUCGAAUCCGACUACCAAUCCCUUGCAUGGAACCUUCUCUGGGAGGCAUUCUCUCCUGCCUUCUCCAGGGGCUGAAAGCCCAGACUAUCUGAUGGCUGCCUCCUCCUUUCAGGGUUCGCAAUCUCAGUCCCGUUCUAGAAGGGCACAGAAGCCCCGACGUUUAUAUCAAAAUCGCCCGAAUGCUGUCCUCGAAGGCAGCCGUACGGAUGCAUUUGGUGGCAUUUAUAGAGGCUAUGGCACUGCUCCACCGAGUAUCAUGUCUCCUAUAUCGGAUGUCGCCCCCGGUUCGCAUUUGGGCAAUGCCCUCAACGGACCUGUUCGUGGUAAUACGUCCGAACCUCCUACACGCGAGUCCUCGCCAAUAACCCUCUCAGGGCCUAUUUCCGCAGGCUCCAGCCCCGACGACCCCCACGCUCGAACCCAGCCCAACGAGCCCAGAACGAGUUUCGGUGCCAUUGGCGCCAAGAGGGCCCAUCGGCAGAAAUCGAUCGGGUCCUCCGAGGACGAGUUGUUCAUGCCCAACCAACGGCGAUGA